AAUGGCGCCUAUUUAAAGUACUGCCGCAUGCGUGUACUGCCGCAUGGAGCAUGUUUAACGUUAAAAGUGUACUGCUGUUGACAGCUUUUACCCUCCAGCAUACCGUAGUCUUUGUUGUUUGUUUACAGACCUCUUGAUCUGAACCUUUCUUUAACUGGUGCUGGACAAUGAGCUCUGAAAAGGACGUGAAAACAGCUUUGACAGAAAUCUUGGAAAGCAACGGAGUGCUUCCUUCAUUACGCGCAAACUUGCGCUUGGAAAUCGUGAAGGCUCUAGAGGAACCGGGAAGCAGCAGGCCUCCUAAACUGCCUCAACAGAACUGUCUCAUUAACGAACUCAUACUGGAGUACCUCGCCUUCAACAACUACAAGCGAGCCGCGUCUAUACUGGAAGCAGAGAGUGGCUACCAGCAAAGCUGCGUUGGUCGUGCAUUCCUUGAGAAAGAACUCCGCAUUACGUUAUCGGAGAAUGCUUCUCAACUGCCGCUACUGUACUCUAUCGUAGAGACUCUUCGUAAUGGUGAGAAAACUAAGACUUCAAGUGUUGAGAAGAGGACGUCCUGAAGCAUCAACCAGAAUAUCAGACUGUGAUGUCAGGAUGGUCUGAUUUUUCUUGGUAAAUUAUUGCUUGAUUUUUAUUAAACGUAUAAUUACAUGA